AAGUGUUAGGGUUAGCUAAUGCUUCGGUUGUCAACAGCUGUUUUCCCUGACACGACCACUGGAUGGAGAUGUAGGCCUACCCCAUCUAACUACAACAGAGGAAACGUAAACAAACCAUGUGGCGACAAAUCACAGAGGAAAAGGCUAAACGAGAAACGACAGCCCAAAAAAUGUCAGCGAAAAUAAAACCGCGAGUGUCGAAUUCGUUCAACGAAAAUGUAAUGGCUUAUUUUCUACCUGAGGUUUAUUUGAUCGAAUAGAAGUUUCGUAAUGCUUAAAUUGUUACGCGUAUACUGAUAUAAAUUGGACACGUGACAUCCCAGUAACUUUGAGAAAAAAAACACUUUAAAUUCGAGUUGUCUCGAGAUGGUUUAGCGUCGUAUUCAUGUAAUGUGGCUGUAGCAUAUAAUCUCUCGUCAUUGAAUACAGGCGGUUGAAGUUAACAACCCUCAUCGAAUAUUAAAAACAAAUUACAAUAAAUAGAUGUAUCAACCAAUCCAAAGAAUAGGCGGGAACUAGACAGCCAGCCGUGCCACUUUGUGAACGACUCCCAUUGUCAGGGCGAAGAGACAUGUAGUCUUGUCAGUUUUCCAUAAUCUUUGGUUUGAUUAAAACAUCUCUGGUGGGAGAUGCAUAUUGUUUUGGGCAGAUUUGAGGUUAUUCGCAUGAAAAUCUGCCCCAAAUUGGUUGGAAACCUAGCUAUAGACGUGAAACUAGUUAGGGAAUUCAGAAAAUGUAAUGGUAGCUACGUUAUUCAUAUGAAGAUAAUGAAAGGGUGAUUUCUGUUCGGCUAGUUGAAGAAGUUAGUAAUCUGAAUGACAGCCAGUAGUUCGAGCUAGUGAGUAACGUUAGUGUUCUCAGAUAGUUAGCUAGGCAACUGUUGUGGCAAUGACUUCCAGAGGUAGAGGAACCCAAAAACCAAACAUCUGGUACAAAAGGAGCUCCACUCAAUGCUAUAUCCAGUUAUAAAGUCGGAUACACAUGGAACCAAGGUGGAAAACAAGGAGCCGAGAAUAAGGCACCUUGCAAGGAGUUCCUCAAACUAUGGAUGCAGAAGACCUUUGGAUGGGUUCAUCCUUACAAAGCCAGGUCUCACAUCGCAGGGUGGAGCUGGAAGGAUGAGUGGUGGACAGCUAGGAGGGAGUUGAGGCUCACAGUGAGGGCAGAGUGCCAUUACAGCAGGAACAAGAGUUGCUCCUGUAUGCCAGCUGAGAGGCGGUGUCUGCGUGUGGCUUGGGACAGCUGGGAAGUGUACAUGAGGAUGAAACACAGGAUGCAAUAAUCUGCUCUUCAGUUCCAGAAACUCACAGCUCUACGUUGGGUGUGGACUAUGUGGCAGACUGGGAGGUAUGAUGCAUUGUUAUUCUGUCAUAGGCACUAUGUUCAUGCCUGGAUAAGCUACGUUCACCUCCGCCAAGCUAAGAGGAAACCACAAGUUGUUGCUGUGCGAGCCUGGCAACUCUGCUUGGUCCUGAGGUAUUGGUAUGUGUGGAGAUGUGGACUACAGAGAGGUGGACAGAGAGCAGGGUGUUGACCAUCUGGCACAAUUCAGCAUACAGCGCAGGCCACUGGAGCGCUGGAGACACUAUCCUACCACACACAUACUGACCGAUGUGAAGUCACACACUAUUGCAAGAACAACAUUAAGAAUCCUCACCUUAUGGUAAACUUCAUGUGCCCUCAUCCACCUCAACAUCAUACUUCGCAACAUAUUGCAAGAAGAUUAAGUGAAUUUCCUGAGCUUAUGUGCAGAUGUGGAGUUGUGCAUGCAGGAGUCAGAGAGAUCAGGCAGCAGCAAGUUAACACCAACACUGCCAUCUAUUGGUGACAUGGAGCAAAGCACUUCUGAAUUAUUUCUGCAAUACUCGGUCCAUAGACAAGUUGCUGUACCACAGAGUAUUCCUUAACUUUCUGUCUCUAAUUUGUUCUGUCUGCAGCACGCUGGUCUGAGAAGUCUGGCCCUUUAAUAUCGCUCAGAUACUCAUCGACUCAACAAGAACAUCGCUGUCCAGCGUCAUCAUCACACUGCAUGUAUUGGAUACUCUGGCAGCAACGUCUGGAGGAAGCUGAAGAUGGGGUACUUCAGACACUGAUGCAGAUUACACACACCCACAACAGCGCCAGUACACCUGGGCCUUUUACACCUGGUGGGGACAUUCAGAGGAGAGAAAGGAGCAGAGGCUGGCUGAGAGGAUAGUAGAACAGUUGUCCCGACACACACACACCAUCAUGGUACAGCCAUACACCCAGACAGAGCCCAGCUGUCCUGCGCUUUGGGCCUUGCUGCAUGAAUAGAGGUCGUGUUUGACUAGAGCCUGGCACCACUGGCAGUGGAGGGUGAGGAAGGAGAAACAGAGAGUCUCUGACAUACUGGACCACCAUACUGUAGUCCACAACACACUGAGCCAGUGGAAGGACAACGUCACCAUGAUCCGGGACAGGAGGGUUCUGCAUGUGUGGAAGGAGACUGCAGCAGCCAGGAGCAGUGAGAAGAGGGCAGAGAACCACUAUCGGCACUGUUCAGGAUAAGGUGCUGUUGGCAUGGAGGAAAGCCACAUCCUGUGUCAAACCGUCACCGGCAGUGAGCAGGGCUCCGAGUCGCAUGGAUAAAGUGAGGCAGCAGGGGACUUUCAGGAGAUGGCGGGAGCGAAGCAGAGCGGUUGUGGAGGAGAGUACAGGCAUGGAGAAAACCAAAAGGCACCACUCUCUUCUUUGCAGUAUGUUCAGAUUGUGGACUAUGUACCGGCAGCAUCAGCAGAGCUAUAAGGUGAUGCAAGAAACGGGACACUCAAUGUUGAGACGGGCCGCCCCCAGGUGGUAAGGCUGCAGCACAGAAGGAGAGCGGCUGAGCAGACAGAACUGGCCCUCUGGCAUUGGUCCCUCAGUCUGCAGGCCAAGGUGCUGGAGGCUGUGGGUCGCGGAGCAGCACCGGAAGCAGGAGAGGCUGGCGCAGGCUGCCAGUUCUAUAGAGACCAGCUUCUGAGGAAAGGGGUGGCCCACGCCGCUCACAUGGGCAGCUUCUGCACCAACAUAGCACUGCACAGCCAGGAGCAGAUAGUUCUUCGCGGUGUCUCCAGGGGUGGUGUUGCAGUGGAAACCAUAGCAGUGGAAACCAUAGCAGGUGGCGGUGCGUGCUUCCAGAUGACAACCACGACGGCCUAGAGUUCUGCUGUACUCCCCGGUCAAAGAGCUGCAACUCCUCUACCACCUCCAACCCAGGUCCCAGUGACAGCGAGCCUCCACCCUGCUGCAGCCUCCCUCCCCAUCAGUCCCAUGCUGGCACGCCCAGCGCCCCCAUUUCAGUCUCCCAACAGCACCACAUUAUGGAUCAGUAGACCAGACUACCCCACUCCUCAUUCAUGACCACCCACACUCAAACGAAGCCAGAGGCUGAUGUAGAAGAUGUGUUAACUGAGGAUGUGGAUCCCACCUGGACCAGAGAGCUGCUCAAUAUCCACCUGGACAUGCAGCGCUUCCAACAGGACUGCAAGCAACUCCAGUAAGGACCCACAGGUCUGUGAUUAACAUUUCUGAUAGACCUUGUUUAUACAUUCUGGUGGAUUUGUGUGUGUGUGUUUCUAGGGCCUUGCAAAAGUAUUAAUUCCCCUUAGCGUUUUUUCAUAUUUUGUUGCAUUACAACCUGUAAUUUAAAUAUAUUUUUAUUUGGAUUUCAUGUAAUGGACAUACACAAAAUAGUCCAAAUUGGUGAAGUGAAAUUUUUAUUGUUUCAACAACAACAACAAAAACGCAAAGUGGUGCGUGCAUAUGUGUUCACCCCCUUUGCUAUGAAGCCCCUAAAUAAGAUCUUGCGCAACCAAUUACUUUCAGAAGUCACAUAAUUGGUUAGAUUGCACACAGGUGGACUUUAAGUGUCACAUGAUCUCAGUAUAUCUACACCUGUUCUGAAAGGCCCCAGAGUCUGCCAUACCACUAAGCAAGGGGCACCACCAAGCUUAGGAAGGCCACCAAAAAUUCUGAAAUUUCCAUCCCCAAGCAAGCGGCACCAUGAAGACCAAGGAGCUCUCCAAACAGGUCAGGGGAAAGUUUUGGUGAAGUACAGAUCAGGGUUGGGUUAUAAAAAAAACAUUUUAAACUUUGAACAUCCCACGGAGCACCAUUAAAUCCAUUAUUAAAAAAAUGGAUAGAAUAUGGCACCACAACAAAUCUGCCAAGAGAGGGCCGCCCACCAAAACUCAUGGACCAGGCAAGGAGGGCAUUCAUCAGAGAGGCAACAAAGAGACCAAAGAUAACCCUGAAGAAACUGCAAAGCUCCACAGCGGAGAUUGGAGUAUCUGUCCAUAGGACCACUUUAAGCCGUACACUCCACAGAGCUGGGCUUUACAGAAGCGUGGCCUGAAAAAGCCAUUGCUUAAAGAAGAAAAUAAGGAAACACUUUGUUCGCCAAAAGGCAUGUGGGAUACUCCCCAAACAUAUGGAAGAAGGUACUCUGGUCAGAUGAGACUAAAAUGUAGCUUUUUGGCCAUCAAGGAAAACACUAUGUCUGGCGCAAACCCAACACCGCUCAUCACCCCGAGAACACCAUCCCCAUAGUGAAGCAUGGUGGUGGCAGCAUCAUGCUGUGGGGAUGUUUUUCAUCGGCAGGGACUGGGAAACUGGUCAGAAUUGAAGGACUGAUGAUAGCGCUAAAUACAGGGAAAUUCUUGAGGGAAAACUGUUCAGUCUUCCAGAGAUUUGAGACUGGGACAGAGGUUCACCUUCCAGCAGGACAAUGACCCUAAGUAUACUGCUGAAGCAACACUUGAGUGGUUUAAGGGGAAACAUUUAAAUGUCUUGGAAUGGCCUCAUCAAAGCCCAGACCUCAAUCCAAUUGAGAAUCUGUGGUAUGACUUAAAGAUUGCUGUACACCAGCGGAACCCAUCCAACUUUAAGGAGCUGGAGCAGUUUUGUCUUGAAGAAUGGGCAAAAAUCCCAGUGGCUAGAUGUGCCAAGCUUAUAGAGUCACCCAAGAGACUUGCAGCUGUAAUUGCUGCAAAAGGUGGUUCUACAAUGUGUUGACUUUGGGGGGUGAAUAGUUAUGCACAUUUUUUUUUUUUGCAUCUUCAAAGUGGUUAUGGCCUCCCGGGUGGCGCAGUGGUCUAGGGCACUGCAUCGCAGUGCUAGCUGCGCCACCAGAGUCUCUGGGUUCGCGCCAAGGCUCUGUCGCAGCCGGCCGCAACCGGGAGGUCCGUGGGGCGACGCACAAUUGUCAUAGCGUCGUCCGGGUUAGGGAGGGUUUGGCCGGUAGGGAUAUCCUUGUCUCAGUAUGUAAAAUGUAAUAAAAUGUAUGCGCUCUACUGUAAGUCGCUCUGGAUAAGAGUGUCUGCUAAAUGACUAAAAUGUAAAUGUAAAAUGGUAGGCAUGUUGUGUAAAUCAAUUGAUACAAACCACCCCCAAAAAUCCAUUUUAAUUUCAGGUUGUAAGGCAACAAAAUAGAAAAAAUGCCAAGGGGGGUGAAUACUUUUGCAAGCCACUGUAGCUAAGACUUGAAGAGGUUUUGAGAAGCUGGCUGAAGACGAGUGGAGGUGAGGGAGAGACUGCGGAGAGAAACACAAUCAGUCAAAGGCUGGAUGAGGUAAGACUUGAAGGGAAGAUGCUGCGGUCAUUGGUAUAUAUGUAAGGGCUACAAUGUCUUUUAAGGCAGAGUAAUUAAGGAUUUAUUAACAAAAACAAUGGUGGUGUUUAUGAAGAGAGAAAAAAAUGGAGAGGGGAAAAAAGUAUACCGGCUAUUCACCAGUUGUCACGUCCUGACCAUAGUGCUUAUGUCUUUUGCUUGUUUUAGUGUUGGUCAGGACGUGAGCUGGGUGGGCAUUCUAUGUUGUGUGUCUAGUUUGUCUGUUUCUGUGUUCAGCCUAAUAUGGUUCUCAAUCAGAGGCAGCUGUCAAUCGUUGUCCCUGAUUGAGAAUCAUAUAUAGGUGGCUUGUUUUGUGUUGGGGAUUUGUGGGUGGUUGUUUUCUGUGUCAGUGUUUGCCACACGGGACUGUGAUGGUUAGUUUGUUUUGUUAUUUUGUAAUUGUAUAUUGUUUUCAUGUUAUUAAAUCAUGGAAACUUACCACGCUGUACAUUGGUCCUCCGAUCCUUCUCGCCUCUCCUCGUCCGAGGAGGACGACUUAGACUGCCGUUACACCAGUCCAUAAAGAAAACCAGAACCAAUCAUUGAAGUAAUACUUUUUUCAUUGGUUUCCUAUCCACUUCUAAAUGAAUAACUAAACUGAUGGCUUUGAUUUAGCAUGCAUUCCUCUGGUGGUGUCAUUUUCAUGUGAGCCAUAAAUCUUCAGCUAUGAAAACAGAGCAGUCAGAAUUUAUUGCAAGUCAAGUAUAUAAUAACCAUGCCAUAUUGUGCAACGAUUUUUCCCAUGUUGUGGUCAUUCCAGAUUCAUUUCCAGCUCUUUGUAUUGUUAUUGACAGAUGGAGUGUAUUGGCAGGCUGUCAGCUGAGCUGGCAGAGCAGAAGCCUGUAAAUAUCUUGAAUGCUGCCAGGAUCCACAGGAUAGAGAGUGUUCUCCACAGCAGCACAGCCACAGGGACAGGGACAGGGACUGGGACAGGGACAGGCCGUUCUCAGCAGGCCUCCAGAGCAUGGGGCUACUGAUCAUUACUCUGUCCACCACACUAGAUGACAGACCGGACCAUGGUCGCCCCAGUGGUGUAAGAGAAUGACAUGUUGCCAUUCUGCACUGGUUGUUUUUUUAUAGUAUAAAAACAUAAUUAUUCAAAAUAGAGGAAGGUGUAUGGAAAUUGUUCUAUUGAAGCUUUUGAAUUUAAAACCCUAAUCUUGGUGAUAAUCGGUUGGACUGAAAAAUAAUGGCAUGGCAAGGCAGCUGUGUUUGAUUUAUGUUUGACUUGACUAUGCUGUAAUGGCUUUUUGUUAUGCAUAAUGUUCUGGUGUUUGUACAUUUAAUAAAAUAUUUGCUACAUGCUCAAUUAUGUUGGUAUUUUCUGCAUUAAACUUUGCAGUACUGGACUGUUUUUCACAAAACUAUUACCAAAAUAAAUAUAACACUCGAAUUUUAUUAUUACAUAAUCAUGCAUUCAAUGUAUUCACCACGAUAAGCCAAACAAACUGGAGGUGUGAGAUACUGGCAGAAGUUCUACAGACCUCAAACGCGUAAAAGUGCUUGGAUGCGAGUCGUCCGCGUGACGUUACAUGGAAAUAUUUUCCAGAUGCGCGCUGAGUAGUGGCGCAGAAUCCUCUAUUUUUGGCUAUUUCGAAAGUUCUACGCUUGCACAAUAGUUUGAUUUCUUUAGGUCGCCUGUAGUAAUAAGAAAUAAUGUUGAAUUAUGAAGACGGAUUUCAGGACGAAUUGGAAGGGGUCCGCCAACCUCGCUGCGUGAAGUAAACUGCGUUUGGUUUGUUCGGCUCUUCAGUCCUUUUCAGAGACCAAAAUGAGGGCAAUGCAUGCCAUUCUAAUAAUUUUCAUCUGCCUUCACUAUAGUUGGGGUAAGAAGAUGCGCUGGUGCACGGUGUCUGAGCAGGAGCAGAAGAAGUGUGCUGAGCUGGCCAAGGCCCUGGUGGCAGUGUUGCCUCCUGCUGCUGUGGCAGCAUUCGCAAGGCUCUCCUGUGUCCUAGCCUACAGCACCACCGACUGCAUCAACAAGAUCAGGGCUAACCGUGCUGACAUGGUAACAUUGGAUGCAGGGGAAGUCUACACUGCAGUGAAGCAGUUUGGCCUCACUGCCAUUGCCAAGGAGAUCUACAGGGACGGAGGCUGUAUUCUGUCGGUGGCGGUGGUGAGGAACAGCACCCUGGACGUGCGCUCCCUGCAGGGCCAGAGAAGCUGUCAUACUGGGGCCCGCUGGACGGCAGGCUGGAGUCUACCCCUGGGCUUCCUGCUGUCCCGCAACUACCUGACCUGGGCAGAGGAGCAGCCACUCAGUCUGGCGGUCAGUACCUUCUUCAAUGCUAGUUGUGUUCCUGGGGCGGCUGCCAUAGCACCCGUCCUGUGUGCCCUGUGUCAGGGUCAGAAGUCCUACAUCGCCAAGCGCAACUUCCACUGUGAAACGGCACAUGGCGAACCAUUCUACAACAGCCAGGGGGCGCUCAGGUGUCUCAAGACUGGGGCAGGGGAUGUUGCUUUUGUGGACCAUACAGCCCUGGAGGGUAUUGAAGAGAGUGAGAGGAAGGAUUACCAGCUGCUGUGUACUGAUGGUACCCGUGCGCCACUAAGCCACUAUGGGACCUGCAACCUGGGAAGGGGACCAGGUCAGGGCAUGGUCACUCGACUCAAUGUUCGUAAGAUCGCACGCAAGUUCCUGGCGGCAGCACAGAUGGUGUUUGGCCGGCGGGGUAGAGAGAGGCAGCGUUUCCAGCUCUUUGACUCUGCUCCGUUCGGCGCCGCUGAUCUGCUCUUCAAGGAUGUCACAGAGAAGCUGUCCAUCCUAGAGGAUAACAAGGACAUCAGUCAGGUGCUGGGGCUGGACUAUGUGGCUCUCCUCAAAGGCCUUGGACAUGAAGGAAGCUCAUUGGAGGACAGUGUUGUGCGUUGGUGCUGCAUUAGCAAUGCAGAACAGAAGAAAUGUGAGCAGUGGGCUCUCAGCAUUAAGUCAGACCCAUUGGUGUGUGUUAGAGCCAUCUCCAUGAGCGAUUGUGUCGAGAAGAUUAAGAGAGAUGAGGUGGAUGCUGUCUCGCUGGACGCCACACACGCAUUCAUCGCUGGGAAAUGUGGCCUUGUCCCCGUGGUAACAGAGUAUUAUGGGAAGACGUGCGUACCGGCUGAGGGAGGAGCUGUAAAAGCAGGCCAUUUAGAGACGGAUGUGUUGCCGUCCGUCGUUGGUGUGGCGGUCGUGAAGCGCUCCACCAGGGGUGUGUUCUUUGGGAACUUUGGGGGCAGGCGCUCCUGCCACGGCCACAUGUACAGCCCUGCAGGCUGGCUUCUGCCCUUUAGACACACCCUCAGCCUGGAACACAACAACACCUCUCCCUGUGAACCAAACCAAGUGUAUAACGAGGUGUUCUGGAAGGGCUGUCUCCCUGGUUCUCAGGGAAACCUCUGUAAAGUGUGUAUGGGGGGCACUGGGGAGGCUGCCACCAAACGCUGUGCAGACAACCACAAUGAGCGUUACUAUGGCAACAUGGGGGCUUUGAGGUGCCUGGUGGGAGAUGCCAGUGGGAAGAGCUAUGGAGAUGUGGCCUUUGUUGAGCAGCACAAUCUAGAGAGCAACAUCCUCAGUCUGAGCCCCAGUGGGUGGGCGGAUGGGUGGCUGUCAUGGGACUUUGAGCUUUUGUGUGGGGAUGGCCGGCGGGAACCUUUAUCUGAAUGGGAGAACUGUAACCUAGGAGCCAUCCCACCCAACAUCAUCAUGACAAGACCUGUGCUCACUUCUCGCGUCUAUGACUUCCUCAUGAAGUCACAGGAGACUCUGGCAUCCAACCCAGACACAGAAUUCAGGCUGUUUCAGUCCCAGCAGUAUGGAGAGAGUGAUCUGCUGUUUAAAGACGCCACUCAGUGCCUCAUCCACACCAGUCACCUGGACUACCGCACCAUACUUGGAGAUGAGUUCUACAGACUAGCAGAGAGUGUCUUCAACUGCACACACUCAGACAUCUUGGAAUUUUGCAACCAGGACGUGUGCAGCAUAUUUUGAGCAACAGAGAGAAGAGAAAUCACAUGUUUCACAUUGACCUAUUGUGGAGGCCCUAACCAAUGGUUUUCCAAAAUGUAAUAUUGUUUCUUGCUACUUGUAAUUCCUCAGUCCACAUCCAACUGAAUGUUAAAAUAUAUAUAUAAUUGUCAGAUACAUUUCAAUGAAA